ACUUAAAUCUCUUCAAAACUAGCCCAACACGCUAAACACUCUUUUCUUCUCCAUCCCACUUGUGAAAUCGCAUCACACUUCGUGCGAAAGCAGAAUUCUCCCAUUUCACUCUUAUUCUUCUUCGCUGCUGGCUGUGUAUGUGUAUCUCUUAGUUUGUCUCUGUAUGGAAAGGCCGAGCUUUGGGGUCUAUUGAUUGAACUAUUGAUUGUUUCCGAUGGAGAAUGGUUUUGCUUCUCCUAGAGUCGAUGCUUUUCCUGCUGGUCUUCGAGUUCUUGUCGUCGAUGAUGAUCCUACUUGGCUCAAAAUCCUUGAAAAGAUGCUAAAAAAGUGUUCUUAUGAUGUGACUACAUGUGGUUUAGCAAGAGAUGCUCUUAACAUGCUUCGUGAAAGAAAGGAUGGAUUCGACAUUGUAAUUAGCGAUGUUAACAUGCCUGACAUGGAUGGUUUCAAGCUGCUUGAGCAUGUUGGACUUGAGAUGGAUCUACCUGUCAUCAUGAUGUCUGUUGAUGGAGAAACAAGCAGGGUUAUGAAAGGUGUUCAACAUGGGGCAUGUGACUAUCUUCUUAAGCCUGUACGGAUGAAAGAGCUUAGAAAUAUUUGGCAACAUGUCUUCAGAAAGAAAAUACAUGAGGUGAGAGAGAUCGAAAACCUUGAAGGGCAUGAGGAUGCUUGCAUUAUGAGAAAUGGAUUAGAAGGAUCUGAUGAUGGGCCAUUACCAAGUGGAGGUGAUACAGUUUCAGGAAAGAAAAGGAAAGAUAUGGAAAAUAAAGAGCAUGAGGACCAAGAACUAAAUGAUCCUUCAGCUGUAAAGAAGGCUAGAGUAGUUUGGUCUGUAGAUCUUCAUCAGAAAUUCGUCAAUGCUGUCAAUCAAAUUGGUUUUGAUAAAGUCGGUCCUAAGAAAAUACUUGAUUUGAUGAAUGUUCCUUGGUUAACCAGAGAAAAUGUUGCUAGCCACUUACAGAAAUAUCGCCUCUACUUGAGUAGAUUGCAAAAGCAAAAUGAACCAAAAGCUUCUUAUGCCGGGGCAAAGCAGUCAGAUUUGACUUCCAGAGAUAAUUGUGGAAGCUCUGGCCUUCAGAGCUCAGUUACAAUGCACCAAAACAGUGUAGCUAAUGGCAACUAUGGUUACUGCAGAAAUAAAAUUCUUGUACAAGAUGUCGUUCCAGAGACCCAUGAUGGUGAUUUGAAGGGUCUAAUUUCCUUCUUGCCAGUAGCUGAACCCAAACAAACUUUGCAUAGUGAUGCUUAUGUUCCUCAAAAUGCAAAUAAUGGUUCUCGACUGGGCCUUACUCGUUCUUGUGGGUCGCUGGGGCCAGAUGUCAAGUAUGCAUCAUUUGAUUCCCCUAUCCAAUCUCAGCCCUCUUGGAGUGGAGAAAUUCCAGGGUUGCAAUUCACGCAACAACCCAAACAAGAGCAGGAUCCAUAUCUUAUGUUAGAUGAUUAUGUUCAUCUACCAUUGCCUGGUACACAGCACAAUCAGCUACAGCCUACUUCAUGUGUUAACCACAGGACUGCUAUUAUGGAAAGAGAUAAAGCCAAUCCAGCUCAAAUCAAGCCUUUGCAUACUAGAUACAGAAGCAACCAUGUGAAAAAGGUAUCUUCAACAGGACACAUGGUAGACCCGGUUUCUUUUCAAUCUGAAGCUGAUAUUGUAAAUCCUCAAGUUUUGGCGAACAUGCUCACCGCUACCAGUGGUUCAUCACAAAUGAAAAAUCAGAGUUUUGAUCCAAGUAGCACAAGUAAUUCAAAACGUCUCCAACAAAACACAACUCUGGGAAGCGGAUCAGUUCCUGUUUCUUUGCACAAGGACUUGGAAGUCUGUUCAUUUCAAGGUUAUGUUUCUCCUCAGAAUAUUCACUUCAACAACAUAGAUUUGUUCAACUACGAUGAUCCAGCUUUCAGUACGAACCUCCCAACCCAUUUCUUUGACGGACUGAAGUCUGGCUGUGAUUAUCUCUACGAGUCAAUGGAAUAUCCUGUAAUGGACCAGAGUCUAUUUAUUGCAUGAUCCCUUUCCAUUGAAGGAUCUUAUUACAGGUAAUCAAUCCUGUGAGUGGAGUGGAGUAGGGACUAGGAUGUGUUGUCUUCCCCCAAAUUUGGACACUGAAGUAGUAUUUUGUGUUUUUGCGAUGAUAAACAUUUUAGGUCAGAUAUGCUGCUUUAACUGCGAAGUUAAAUGAUGAUAGCAUCAUCUACUUGAUCAA